UUCCGGAAGCCAUUUGCUUGAGUGGCAGGGGAACCGGAAGUGGGGGCGCUGCUGCUGGUGUUGGGGCCCGAGGAGGGACGCGCCGGAGCGGGGCCGCCGGGACUGAGCGAGCGACAGACGCGCCACCCGCCGACGCCGCAGCCGCUUGGGGCCCGCACGGACCCUCUGCCUGAGUGAGUGCAGCCAGGGUCGCGGGAAACCGGCGGCUUAGAGGUAUAGAAUGAGCCAAGGAGACUCAAACCCAGCAGCUAUCCCACAUGCAGCAGAAGAUAUUCAAGGAGAUGACAGGUGGAUGUCUCAGCACAACAGAUUUGUCCUGGACUGUAAAGACAAAGAGCCUGAUGUACUGUUUGUGGGGGAUUCCAUGGUGCAGUUAAUGCAGCAGUACGAGAUAUGGCGAGAGCUUUUCUCCCCACUUCAUGCACUGAAUUUUGGAAUUGGGGGAGAUACAACAAGACAUGUUUUGUGGAGACUAAAGAAUGGAGAACUGGAGAAUAUUAAACCUAAGGUCAUUGUGGUCUGGGUAGGAACAAACAACCAUGAAAACACGGCAGAAGAAGUAGCAGGUGGAAUCGAGGCCAUCGUCCAACUUAUUAAUACAAGGCAGCCGCAGGCCAAAAUCAUUGUAUUGGGUUUGUUACCUCGAGGUGAGAAGCCCAACCCGUUGAGGCAAAAGAAUGCCAAGGUGAACCAGCUCCUCAAGGUUUCCCUGCCGAAGCUCGCCAACGUCCAGCUCCUGGACACAGAUGGGGGCUUCGUGCACUCGGACGGUGCCAUCUCCUGCCACGACAUGUUUGAUUUUCUGCACCUCACAGGAGGGGGCUACGCGAAGAUCUGCAAACCCCUGCAUGAACUGAUCAUGCAGUUAUUGGAGGAAACCCCGGAGGAGAAACAAACCACCAUCGCCUGACUGGCUCCCAUCAGUGUUACUCGCACCCCAGCUUCCUCAGAUCAGUUAUAUCACUGGCACUACAGAAUCCUUCUCUUUCCUAAGGCACUUUGCAUUGUAGAAUGUUCCUGGAUGUUCAUAUCUAGUGUUUGAAGGGGAGGAGGGAUUUAAACUGGUCCUGUACAUAGAAGGUUGGUUUGACACAGGAGACAAAUUAGCCAAGGAAGAUUGUUGUUUAAAUUCAUUUGAAACCAGAAGGGGACUUUUUUAGUUGUAUGUGUGACAUACUCAUUGAAUUAUCACAGUUUUUCCUAGGACAACAUCGAGCCUAAGGACUGAACAAAAUGAAGAUUUUUUUUUCUUGGCUUUUCUUUCUAUGGAUUAUGUCAUAUAGAGUAACGAUCAGGAUCACACCAACUUGGCUUUAAAACAGAUGUCUUUACCAGUUUUUAAAGUUAAUAAUUUAGCCCUGUGUUUUUAGUUUGCUUUACUCCUAUGUAUUCACAACAUUUUCUUAACAUACAGCAUCAGAUCGAACAUGCUUGUGAUUCAGAUAUGGGAGAUGCUAUGGUUACAAGUGAAUUUGUUCCACUUUCUUAAUCUUUCCCAUGUUUAGCAGUGGAAGAUAGGUUUUGCCCCAUUUGGGGGACUCUACGGAGGGUAUUAUUUUUAUGCUGCUGAAUAUCAUGUCUAUAAUAGACCCAUGCAUGCAGCCUUUCCUCCCUCUUUCCCCUCAUCCCCUCUUUGUUUUUUGGGGGGGUCCCUGUUGACAUUACAGGCUUUUAACACAUUUUUGAUCUAGGAGCUUUGUUGCUGGAAAUGUAAGUCCCCAGCCAUUUACUCUCAUGAUCCUAGUACUGAUGUGCAGCUCAUUCUUGUGUGGUGCUCUGUGCGUAGUCGGUGUAGUGCUGUCCACAUUUGGAGUUCUGGUUUGGUUUGGUUUGUUUUUCCCUCAAAAUGUGCUACACUUUUUUUGGAGAGAGAAAAAAAAAAGGCAACCAGAACUCUGUUUCCCAUUCCAUAAGCCCUGACAUUAUUUCGAGUUUUAUAGUAUCUUAGGAUGUAUAUUUUAUUUUUUUAUUGGCUUAGUUUUUUAAAUUAUAUCAGUCCAGGAAAAUUUGGCCUUUUUUCAUGGGGAAGCAAAUGGAGCCGCUCUUCAGAGUAGGCAUACUGCCUUGAUCCCACCGUUUUAGAGAAAAAGAACUAGGUUUGUUUGACUUUCAGGGUUUGAAAAUUUCUUUCAAGAGAGCUCUUUAUGACCUUAAUGGUUUGCUUGAGCUUCAAGCAGAAACAGUGGGACAGUACAUGGUUCAUUGUUAGUAUACCUAUGGGAUAUGUACAAACUGGACCUACAAACAAAUAUUUUAAACUGGACCAGGUGGGUAUUGGAGUAGCCUAUCAGAAUGUGCUGUGCACUGAUUGUGCUUAACAUUCAAGUUCAGCGACUAAGGCAUAUGUCCGAUGUUCUGCUUGCAAGGCAAGUGCUGGUGCUUUGGUGAGUUGGAGGGGUUGCUGAUUUGUGCUAGGAGCCACUUCUCAUGGAGAGGGAUAGAACUUGGGCUGAUGUUUUUCUUGUGAAACAUCUUUCUAGGAAUUUUUUUGUCUUAUUUUUAGUCUUUUUUUUUUUUUUUUUUUUAAUACGUGUCUGAAUGUAUCAUGUCUUCACUAACGACAAAGUACAUGUGAUGUUUACUAGACUCGUUUCUCACAUUAAGGUUCCCUCAGUUUUUAGGAGCCCAGAGUCUUGAGUUUAUCAAGACAGGUUUUUUCUUAGCUGAGGCAUAGUUCUAGGGAGGGCAGAGAAGUUUGUGUGCGAGAAGACCCAUCUUAUCCGGGUCUUUUUCCAUUUGUCAGAGGGCGGGAGUAUCGCCCAGACAAACCCAUUAGGUUAUUCCUGCGGCAUGCGCUUCUGGCUUCCCUCUUGGCUAAGGAUCAAAUAGCCCUUGGUGAGCUGACCUUCGGCUCCUUUGCUUAUGUGUGUAAACCUUGGGUGUUACUACAUUUUAUACCUACCAGAGCGAUUCGAGCAAUAGUAUUUGAACCACUAGCCUCUUAAAUAAAAUCUGCCCCAUUGCUAAUGUGCAGAUACCGAGUCCACUUUCAUUUCUUGCCCACUUUCUUUGCACUGCUUUAGGCAAAAAGUGUUCCAUCUGUUUUUCUUUGAUCAACAUCCCUGUUUGCUGCAGUGACAGAACUUAAUGCUUACUCUUUGGAUGUCUCUCUUUAUACUUUCAUGUAUAUUUAAAUGUUAUGCACUGUCCAAAUGAAAUGUCCUAGUUGUCAUUGUGAUUAAGGGGCCAACUUUCCAGACAGCUAGCAGAGGUGUUCUGAUCCUCCCUCCGAGCAAAUUUCCAUUCCUUCGCCCAUCCAUUCCCGAUACGUUGCCGGCAGCCAGUGAUGGUUGUGGAUUUCUGUGGACGCAUUGUAAAUGUGGCAGGUUGAGGAUGUCCUGCCACGGAUGACCUAAGGCCUGGUGUUUUGCCACCUCCGUAUCCUAGGCUGCCACAGGCAGUGGUCUGGCGCCCACUUUAGGGUCUUUUUGGACUGUUGGAGGCAUCUUUCUAAACCAGAACUUCUGUGAAAAACCUUUACCCAGCAAAACAAAUCUUGAGUAGCUCAUGCCCUGCUCUUAAGAAUUCUGUCUCUUGUUAACAAACAGAAACACUUUUAAAAAAACCUAGUCACUGUUUACAGUUGUAUGCUAAAGCCUGAAAUACUGUCUGUGCUGUGGUGUAUGAGCAUUGCCAAUUUUAUAUUUAUUGCAGUGAAGAAGAAACUAAAAAUAUAUGAAAAUGAGGAGCAUGUCCACGCUCCUAAAUCUGUGUGGGUGCAUGUGGGAGAAGUGAGUUGGGGUCUCUUGAAAGGAGGCUUUUUGGAGUGGGGUCUCCCAGGCUUCUCCUUGGUGUUCCUGCUUGGGGAUCACUGCUGCUAGCUGACUGGACCUCCCCAACAGAAGUUUGUGAUUCUGCUUUGGCGAAGUUUCAUUGACUAGUAGAACUCAUUCUGUUUUAGUGCAUAUUUCAAUAUAAAUGUAAACAUUUCACUCAAA